AGAGCUGAUUGUUCAUCGGCAUCGUUUGCAAUGAAUUCGUCGCUACACGCACACACAUGAAAAAGCUUCCUCAGCACUGCAGUCAUCACAGUUCACACGUAUGUACAAGACAAGUUGAGAGGUAUCAAUAGCAGCCUCCCCUUGUCCCCCCUCCCCUCCCUCCCCCCCCCCACCUCCCUCCGCACCCUCUCAUAAGAGAGAGAUGCCUUUAUGGAGCACAAAAUGCAAAAUCAUGCGUCACUACGUAAGAGCCAAAAAUCAUGCCGCCUGACUGACUUACACAUUCACGCAGUCAUACACGUACACCGACCCCCUACACCCAACACACGAGGGACACCCCUGGUGCGUGUGUGGAUGGCAAGCAGACUCAGCUACUUGCUUCCUUGCUGGCUACUCACUGCAACCACCGCUAGCUGUCUUUUAGAGCCUACCUGCCCACAUACACAUGUAUGUCAUGGAUGGCAUCCAUCCAUCCAUCGUGUGCGCCAACUGCACCACGACAUCGCUGAAGCACCGGCCUCGCACCCACCCAACACGCAGACAGACAGACAGACAGCCAGCCAGCCAGAAGUGCCCCACGGACAGGAAGUGCAUUUGUACUUGACUUGAUGGGUGCGUGAGUGCGUGCCGUUCUGUACAUCAAUCACACCACACAAGACACUACACCCAUUCCCAACCCCCCCUGCAAAAGAAAGCAAGCAACGCAGUCAGUCGAAACCCCCCGGUGCCCUCGACUUGCUCUCUCGCUUUGAUGCCUCUGCCUCCAUUGCACUCUGUCCGUCAUCAUAGAGUAAAUGGCAUAUCGACACCCACCCACCCACCCACCACUUCUCCCGGCAGCACUGCCCCGCUCGGCAGCACUCACUGCCACAACCCAUCCCACACAGUCAGUCACACUCACACGGACAAGCAAAACUGGAUGGAUGGAUGCGUGGAUCGAUCACAAUAAUGCCGAUGGAGGCAAUGCAGGCGAGGGGGGCGAGAAAGCAACAGAGAGAAUGAAUGGAGAGAGAGGCAAGCAGAGACAAAAACUCAAAGUGAGGGCAGGACGGUUCUGGCGAUACAUAGAAGAGUGGGUAAGAGGGCCCGGCCCGCAUGCAGGGAUGCCAAAAUCAUCAGGACGUUACUUACAGACAGACAUGUCAGUCAGAUGCUACAGACAUACACACUGCAUGCAGGGGGGGGACUUGACAUAUGCAGGCAGCUAGAUGGUACCAUCCAUACGGACGUCAUUCAGUCUUGGCUGUCCUCGGCGGCCUCACUGGCCUGCUGUUUCCUCUUGCUGGGCCGCAACUGGAUGUUGCUGGGCAGGUUCAGGUUCAGGCGAGGUUCAGGGCCGCCGGGCUCUGUCGCCUUCCUCUCGUCCCGCGGAGUGUUUUGUUUGUCCUCGAUGUCAGCCAUGAUCUGUUGGGCCUCUGAAACUAGCUUGCUCCUCUCCCAAGGCCACAGAGGGCGACCCGGACCCUGCAGAGUAAGUGAACCAACCAACACGACCGAUGUGGCAUGGCAACAACAUCCAUGUCCCACAGCAAUACGUACGUACGUACGUACAUACGUACCUGCGAGGCGUCUUGUCCCCUCGCCCUUGCCUCCCUUUCCCGCCGGUUCUUCUGCUGCACAGACACCACAAACAGGUAUCAGGGGCAUGAAGCAUGCAGCGGUCACUCACGCUUGUGAGUGAGGCCAGUGCACUCAAUGUCACCUGUUUCUUGUACAUCGACUCGGCCGCUUGGAAUACUGCCACACACACAGACGUAGCAACCAAGAGAUGCAAUGCAGUGAGUGUACCGACUGUGUCUGUCGUGUGCAAUGUCUGUCUGUCUGUCCUUGUCUGGCAUGUGUCUGCCUGCGUAUGUAUCUAUGGUGCCUGCCCGUCACGGCCCGCAUGGUAUGGUUAUGCUUACCAUCGACCUGGAAUCCCCCCCAGCCACUCCCCUGGAAUAUGCCAACCUCCACCCGGUCCUUGGAUCUCGUCGCCUCCUCCAAGAAAGGGAGCAGGUACCCAGGUACCCUACACACACACACACACACACACACACGUACAGCAACGAGCGUAACUGCAGUCAGUCAACGGGGGGAAAUGCAGUCAUUGCAGCCAGCCAGGCUAUGACGGACCAGUAGAUGCAGUCGACUGGGCAUGUGUCGAUGGCAUUUUGGAUGUCGUCGCGCGAUGCCCCGUCCUGAUUGUACGCUCUCGCCCUGCCCCAAAGCUCCUCCAUCUUGAAGACACCCGGCGCCCAGCCGUUGCAAUUGGUACACCCUGCACAGACAGACAGACAGACCGCACACAAACGGCGCCACACCAAGUUUGUGAAUUUGCUUCCCCCCCUCCUUGUUCGUUUCUGCAUGAGGGUGACUGAUGUACCAAUACAGGUGAACUCGUCAACAAAGACGACGUUGUCCCUGAUGGCAUUCAUUCAUUCAUUGCCGAGUGUGGGGCCGACAGACAGACACAAGACAACCACGGAUGGGAUGGAUGGACAUACCAUACAUGGAUUCACUGACUGGCAUCUCUAUCUGCUAAGUAUUGAUUGCAUUUGACCAUGGACAGACAAUGAAUGUGUAUGUGCGUACCUCUUCUCGAGGGCGUAUUUUGCGUCCUCCCAGAUGCCUCUGACACAAGGAGGAAGCCACGACCAAAGGGCACGUAUACCGUCCAUCCGUCCAUCCAUCCACUCACUCGUUACAUUCAGGGACUCGUUCGCACCAAGUGCCUGUCGUCUGUCUGUCUGUCUGUCUGCGUGCCUUGGUUCCCUCCCUCCCUACCUUUUGUCUGGAUGUGAGAGGAUGCUGUGUGCGACGCGAGCACGAGUCAACCUGCAGCACAGCACAGCACGUGCCGCAAACACACGCAGGCGCCUGUUGUGGUCUUUGCUGUGUGUGUGUGAAGCUUCAUCUGUCUCUCCUCGGUUCGGUACCCACCUACCUUUGCCUGUUGUCGAAUGAGUCGGGCAACUCACUCAGCCGCCACUUGAGGUCGGCCCACGCGCGCUCGACGUCGCUCUGCGGUGCGUCGAUGGGCAGUCCAAGCUCCCCAUAGAGAUCCAUAGACAACUCCUCGCGAGUGGGUGACCACGGGGGCAGCAUGUCAGCAGAGUCAGCAGAGGGAGGGAGAGGAGGACGAGACGAGUCAGACACUGCAAGCACAACCCAUACAACCACACACGCCACGACCCACUCACUCACCCACUCCCUCCCACGCCAACAGCAGCCUGUGGAUGGAUGCCUGCCUAUUUAUCUCUGUGUGCGCCGUACGUACAGUACGCACCGUCAAUGGAGGUAAGGGGUGAUCGCUGGGAGUCGGCUCCUUGCAGCAGGCUGUGGCAUCCCCUCCUCUUGACGUCCCACCUUGUCGGGCUCAGGAAGGAGGCCAGGCCGGUGCUCCUACCCCGCCGAUGUGCUGCCUGCAAACAGCAACGGGAACGCACCGCCACAGGCAUUCCCGCACUCCAAGGUCUCCUCAGCAUAACACACUUACCGUCUUGAUGCACAGCAAAACCAACAGCACACACGCCGCAACAGGCAGGAUCCUCCCCUCCAUCCUUCAGCUGUGAGAUCUGAUCUGCAAGCACCAGACAUCACAUCAGCAAAAGCAAGCCAGAUUUCCCUCGUUUGGAUGGGAGUGGUCCCUGCAAGCUCUGACGUCCAUCCCUCGCUCACCUCCUGCCCUCGCCCCGGCGAAAACACUCCCAAAUGCAAG